CUAUUUCUUUUGCCUAAUCAAACUCCUUAACAAUUCUCAUUCUAUAAAUACAACCUUCCAACACAGCCCAUCUCCACCCCAAGUUCCUCCCACUAAAGCCUCCAUCUUCAUAAUCCUGAUUCACAUUUUCAUACAUAACAGCAGAAGAAUCCACUUCUGAUCCAUCUCGAGAGUGACAUUAAUUGAAUUUCUCUGCAGUACGUGCAUUCAUGGCUGGCCUGCACAUAAGUUUAUUGCUCUCUGUCUUUAUCAUAAUUCUGUCAGUGGCCUCUACUUCAGCUUCUUUGAAGGUGGGCUUUUAUAAAUCAACGUGUCCUUCUGCUGAAGCAAUUGUAAGAAAAGCUGUCAACAAAGCCAUCUCUGCCAACCCGGGCAUCGCCGCUGGAUUGAUCAGAAUGCAUUUCCAUGACUGCUUCGUCAGGGGUUGUGAUGGUUCUGUGUUACUAGAAUCUACACCUGGAAAUACAGCUGAGAGAGACCAUCCUGCCAACAACCCAAGCUUGCGAGGUUUCGAGGUGAUCGAGGAAGCUAAGGCUCAAAUUGAAGCCGUGUGUCCUCAAACUGUUUCGUGUGCAGACAUUGUGGCUUUUGCUGCUAGAGACAGUGCCUAUAAAGCUGGUCGAAUCAACUAUGAUGUUCCCGCAGGACGGAGAGAUGGUCGUGUCUCUCUGAGAGACGAUAUCCCAAACAAUCUGCCCCCACCUUCCUUCAAUGCCAAGCAACUCGUUGACCUUUUUGCAAGAAAGGGAUUAUCAGUGGACGAAAUGGUGACACUUUCUGGAGCUCAUUCCAUUGGUGUGUCUCAUUGUUCUGCCUUCUCCGAUCGUCUUUACUCUUUCAAUGCCGCACAUCCCCAAGAUCCUUCCAUGGAUCCUACAUUUGUUGAAUUGUUGAAAACUAAGUGUCCACCAUCAAGCAUCAAUGGUGGUAGCAGUGAUCCGAUUGUGGCACUCGAUGCUUCGACGCCGAACCGUUUGGACAACAAGUACUACUCGGGACUGAAGAAUCAUCAUGGCUUGUUGACAUCUGAUCAGACAUUGUAUGGAAGCAAGUCAACAAGACAAAUGGUGUUGAACAAUGCAAAAGAUGGCUCAACUUGGGCUUACAAGUUCGCGGAGGCAAUGGUUCGCAUGGGUUCAAUAGAAGUGGUCACUGGCUCACAGGGCGAGAUCAGGAAGCGUUGUGGUGCUAUUAAUUAAAAAUAGCCCCUUUCUCUUCUGCAUCAGAAAACUUAAAAAAAAAAAAAAAAACAGGAAAUGUUCAUAGCUCCUUUUGUUUUUUUAUACAGAAAACAUUUAUUCGUUUUUUGAUUUUUGCUUCGGAAAAAGUAUUUUGUUCAGCCUUCCAGUUUGACCAAUUAUGUACAUGUUUGUCACGAGCUCUGCCAUCUCAAUUGGAUGUCCUGCAAAUGUAAUAAUAAAUUAAAACGUUUCACAACAAUGAAGUGAUAUUUUGUGCUU